AUGAAGAGUCGACAGCUUGCAUCUCGAUUUUCAGCUGCAUUUACCGUCCUCUCGACUACACAGAGUCCAACUGCUUGGGCUUUUCAACCUGCUUUAAGCAAUCACUCUUUUGGCUCAAGAAUGUCUUCCACGAGAGUACCCAAAUUCGAAAUUGCUCAGUUUCCGUGUCGAAGCGACAACUAUGGAUUUCUGCUCCACGACCCAGCUACUGGAAAUACAUGUGCGAUUGACACACCAUGUGCUACAAGUUAUAAGAAGGUUCUAGAUGAAAAGGGCUGGAAAUUGACGCACAUUCUCAAUACGCAUCGUCACUACGAUCAUGUAGACGGCAACCUGGAACUGAAAACAGAGGGCGUUACAAUCAUCGGACCCAAGAACGAACGAAAGGAAAUACCUGGGAUCGACACCAAGGUUGGUGGGGGAGAGGAACUUGAACUUGGAAGUUUCAAGGCUCAAGUACUGGAGGCAGGAGGGCACACCGAUGGACAUGUUGCUUUCUAUUUUCCAGAGCUUUCCGUCAUUUUUGCUGGAGAUUGUUUGUUCUCACUCGGUUGUGGCAAAAUGUUCGAGGGCACACCGACACAAUUUUGGUCGUCACUUGAAACCAUGCGUAGUUUACCGGAUGAGACUAUGGUAUACUGCGCCCACGAGUACACCGAGAGCAAUGGCAAGUUUGCACUAAGUGUAGAACCCAAUAAUCAAGUCCUCAUAGACCGAAUGGCUGUUGUCAAACAAAAACGAGCGCGAGGGGCUGCGACUGUCCCAACGGUUUUGGGUGAAGAAAAGAAGGCAAAUCCUUUUCUGCGAGGUGAUAUCAGUGAAGAAAUUCAACAAAAUGUGGGGAUUACCGCCACUGACUCUCCAGCAGAGGCAUUUGGAAAGAUAAGGAAAGCCAAGGAUAACUUUUAG